AUGACGACUUGUGAAUCCAAAUUGAGCAUGAGGCUUUUGAUUGACACCAAGGCUGACAAAGUACUAUUUGCGGAGACUGAUAAGAAUUGUGUUGAUUUCCUUUUUCACAUUCUGUCGUUGUCGGUGGGAACUGCUGUUAGUCUUCUUAAGGAAAAAGAAAUAAAAUGUGGAUGUUUGUCUAACCUCUACGAAAGCGUAGAGGAUAUGAACGACAUGUAUAUUCAAUCGAAGGAUGUCCUUUUAAAACCCAAGUCUCCAAUUGAGAUAUCUUCUGUUCCUUUGCAAUUGCUUAACAUGGUUCUCUAUAACCAUUGCUCAACUGUUUCUGAUGACUCUAGUGCUGUGUGUCCACCCUGUAAAUAUGGCAUGUCAAGAAGGUUGGCGUAUGCUGCCCUGCCCGUAAUGAAUCAAUCAGCUGUGGCAGCAGCUACGAAGGGUUUUGUGAAGGAUGUGGUGACAGACAUGGUGACGGAUGACUUGGUCGUUAAGCCAAUGUCCACCAUCUCUAGCAUUGCCCUUCUCAAUAAGUUUAACGUUAAGGAUGUUAGUGCCCUGCAGGAGGUAGAAGUUAAUUUCGGAAUGGAAGAGGCCCUGAGUCGAAAGCAGUUCUUACAAGUGUUUUCAUAA